UGUCACGGGGCGGGGCCGCCGGCCGCCAUCUUGGCGCGGAGGGGCCGCGCCCGGCGCUCCCGGGCGGCAUGAGGGGCCCGUCGGGCGGAGAGGAGCUGCUGGACGAGCAGGACAACGACGAGGACGUGUCAGAAGAAGACGAUGGGGUCCUGGAAGGGCUGGAGGAGUUUUUCGCUGAGGAACAAGUUGCUGUGCAGAAAAAAAAGAAAGCCAAGAAGCUGAAAGAUGGCAAAGUGGCCAAAAUCAAGAGGAGGAAGAAAGAGGGGAGCAAUGAUGAGAUAUCAGACAAUGAUGAGGAGAUUGAGGAGAAAUCUGAGAGUGAAGGAAGUGACUAUUCCCCCAACAAGAAGAAAAAGAAAAAACUGAAGGAAAAGAAGGAGAAAAAAACCAAACGGAAAAAGAAGGAUGAAGAGGAGGAGGAGGAUGAUGGAGGGCUAAAGGAGCCGAAGAGCUCAGCCCAGCUGAUGGAAGAAUGGGGCCUUGAUGAUGUAGAUUACAUUUUCUCAGAAGAAGAUUACCAUACUCUUACUAAUUACAAGGCUUUCAGCCAGUUUCUCAGACCUCUGAUUGCCAAGAAGAACCCCAAGAUCCCUAUGUCCAAGAUGAUGACUGUGCUUGGUGCCAAGUGGCGAGAGUUCAGUGCCAACAACCCGUUCAAGGGCAGCUCAGCGGCGGCAGCAGCAGCAGCUGUGGCUGCAGCAGUGGAGACUGUCACGGUUGCCCCGCCACUGGCUGCCAGCCCCCAGCAGCCUGCAUUGCCCCCUGUCAUCAGGAAAGCGAAAACCAAGGAAGGCAAGGGUCCAGGUGUGAAGAAGAAAAUCAAGAGCUCGAAAGAUGGGAAGAAAAAGGGGAAGGGAAAAAAGAUGGUGGGCCUAAAAUUCCGGUUUGGAGGAAUCCCCAGCAAAAGGAAAAAGGGCUCUUCUAGUGAAGAGGAAGAACGGGAGGAAUCUGACUUUGACAGUGCCAGCAUCAACAGCUCUUCUGUGCGCUCUGAGUGUUCGGCUGGCCUGGGGAAGAGAGGGAAGAGGAGGAGAAAGAAAAAGAGGAUUGAAGAAGGGGAUGGCUAUGAGACUGAUCACCAGGACUACUGUGAGGUGUGCCAGCAGGGAGGAGAAAUCAUACUGUGUGACACCUGUCCUCGUGCCUACCACAUGGUUUGCCUGGACCCAGACAUGGAGAAAGCCCCAGAGGGCAAGUGGAGCUGCCCACAUUGUGAGAAGGAGGGCAUCCAGUGGGAGCCAAAGGAGGAGGAAGAUGAAGAGGAGGAAGGUGGCGAAGAAGAGGAGGAUGACCACAUGGAGUUCUGCCGUGUCUGUAAGGAUGGAGGGGAGCUGCUGUGCUGCGACACAUGCCCGUCCUCUUACCACCUGCACUGCCUGAACCCACCCCUACCAGAAAUCCCAAAUGGUGAAUGGCUCUGCCCUCGCUGUACAUGCCCUCCUUUGAAGGGAAAAGUACAGCGCAUCCUGCACUGGGCAUGGAAGGAGCCUCCAGCCCCGCUGCCCCCUGCACUGCCUGUCCCAGAUGCGGAGCUGGCUCUGCCGCUGCCAAAGGUGCUGGAGGGCAUCCCAGAGCGCGAGUUCUUUGUCAAGUGGGCAGGGCUGUCCUACUGGCACUGCUCCUGGGUCAAGGAGCUACAGCUGGAGCUCUACCACACUGUGAUGUACCGCAACUACCAAAGGAAGAACGACAUGGAUGAGCCACCAGCCUUUGACUAUGGCUCUGGAGAUGAGGACAGCCAGAGGGAGAAGCGGAAGAACAAAGACCCGCACUACGCAAAGAUGGAGGAGCGCUUCUACCGCUAUGGCAUCAAACCCGAGUGGAUGAUGAUCCACCGCAUCCUGAACCACAGCUUUGAUAAAAAGGGAGACAUCCAUUAUCUGAUCAAAUGGAAAGAUCUGCCAUAUGACCAAUGCACCUGGGAGAUUGAUGAGAUAGACAUCCCAUACUACGAAAACCUCAAGCUCCUCUACUGGAAUCACAGGGAGCUGAUGCUGGGGGAGGACACACGUCCUCUGAAGAAGCUGAACAAGAAGGGGAAAAAGCUGAAAGAGGAGAAGCUAGAGAAGCCUCCGGAAACUCCUCUUGUUGAUCCUACGGUUAAGUUUGACAAGCAGCCUUGGUACAUUGAUGCCACAGGAGGAACGCUGCAUCCUUACCAGCUGGAGGGGCUCAAUUGGUUGAGAUUUUCCUGGGCCCAAGGCACUGAUACGAUCCUGGCUGAUGAGAUGGGACUGGGGAAGACUGUGCAGACCAUUGUGUUCUUGUAUUCCCUGUACAAGGAGGGUCACUCCAAAGGGCCAUACCUGGUCAGUGCUCCACUCUCCACCAUCAUCAACUGGGAACGUGAGUUUGAGAUGUGGGCACCUGACUUCUAUGUUGUGACCUACACUGGGGACAAGGAGAGCCGGUCAGUCAUCCGGGAAAAUGAGUUCUCCUUUGAAGACAAUGCCAUCCGGAGCGGCAAGAAGGUGUUCCGGAUGAAGAAGGAAGCCCAAAUCAAGUUCCAUGUCCUGCUCACCUCCUAUGAGCUGAUCACCAUAGACCAGGCGGUGCUGGGCUCCAUCGAGUGGGCUUGUCUGGUGGUGGACGAAGCACACAGACUGAAGAACAACCAGUCCAAAUUCUUUAGGGUAUUAAACAGUUACAAGAUCGAUUACAAGUUGCUGCUUACUGGGACUCCGCUCCAGAACAACCUGGAAGAGCUCUUCCACCUGCUCAAUUUCCUGACUCCUGAGAGGUUUAAUAACCUGGAGGGCUUUCUGGAGGAGUUUGCAGACAUCUCCAAGGAGGACCAGAUCAAAAAGCUCCAUGACCUGCUGGGCCCCCACAUGCUGCGCCGCCUCAAGGCAGAUGUUUUCAAGAACAUGCCAUCUAAGACUGAGCUUAUUGUCAGAGUGGAGCUGAGCCAGAUGCAGAAGAAGUACUACAAGUUCAUACUAACAAGGAAUUUUGAAGCCCUGAACUCGAAAGGUGGAGGGAAUCAGGUCUCCCUGCUCAACAUCAUGAUGGAUCUGAAGAAGUGCUGUAACCACCCCUACCUUUUCCCUGUGGCCGCUGUGGAGGCCCCAGUUCUGCCCAAUGGAUCCUAUGAUGGGAAUUCUUUGGUCAAGUCUUCUGGAAAACUGAUGCUGCUCCAAAAGAUGCUGAAGAAGUUACGGGAUGGGGGUCACAGAGUUCUGAUCUUCUCCCAGAUGACGAAGAUGUUGGACUUGCUGGAGGACUUUCUGGAGUACGAGGGCUACAAGUAUGAGCGCAUUGAUGGUGGCAUCACUGGAGGCCUGCGCCAGGAAGCCAUUGAUAGGUUUAAUGCUCCUGGUGCUCAGCAGUUCUGCUUUCUCCUCUCUACCCGCGCUGGUGGUCUGGGCAUAAACCUUGCUACGGCUGACACAGUCAUUAUUUAUGAUUCUGACUGGAAUCCCCACAAUGACAUCCAGGCAUUCAGCAGAGCACACCGCAUCGGGCAGAACAAGAAAGUAAUGAUAUACCGCUUUGUGACAAGAGCCUCCGUGGAAGAGCGCAUCACCCAGGUGGCCAAAAGGAAGAUGAUGCUCACCCACCUGGUGGUCCGUCCUGGGCUUGGCUCAAAGUCAGGCUCCAUGACCAAGCAAGAGCUGGAUGACAUCCUGAAGUUUGGGACAGAAGAGCUCUUCAAGGAUGAUGUGGAAGGCAUGGUGUCUCAGGGACAGCGGCUCACCAUGCCGGAUGCCGUCACCCCUUUCUCUGACACGCUGUCCACCAAAGGGGGUGCAGUGACUCCUGGCAUGAAAAAAAAGCAUGGUGGCACCCCACCAGGUGACAAUAAGGAUGUGGAUGACAGCAGUGUGAUCCACUAUGACGAUGCUGCUAUCUCUAAGCUUCUGGACCGAAACCAGGAUGCGACCGAUGACACGGAGCUGCAGAACAUGAACGAGUAUCUCAGCUCCUUUAAAGUGGCCCAGUAUGUUGUGAGAGAAGAGGAUGGUGUGGAGGAGGUGGAACGUGAGAUCAUCAAACAAGAGGAGAAUGUGGACCCUGACUACUGGGAGAAGCUGCUGCGGCACCACUAUGAGCAGCAGCAGGAAGAUCUGGCCAGGAACUUGGGGAAGGGGAAGAGAAUCCGCAAGCAGGUCAAUUACAAUGAUGCCUCUCAGGAGGACCAAGAGUGGCAGGACGAGCUCUCUGACAACCAGUCUGAGUACUCCAUUGGCUCUGAGGAUGAAGAUGAAGACUUUGAAGAAAGACCAGAAGGUGGCAGAAGACAAUCACGGAGGCAGCUGAAGAGUGACCGGGACAAACCUCUCCCUCCUUUGCUGGCAAGAGUUGGGGGGAAUAUUGAAGUUCUGGGGUUCAAUGCCCGGCAGCGCAAAGCCUUCCUGAACGCCAUCAUGCGGUGGGGAAUGCCGCCCCAGGAUGCCUUCAACUCUCACUGGCUGGUGAGGGAUCUGCGAGGGAAGAGUGAGAAAGAGUUCAGGGCUUAUGUCUCCCUGUUCAUGCGACAUUUGUGUGAACCUGGAGCUGAUGGUGCAGAGACAUUUGCAGAUGGGGUCCCACGGGAAGGUCUUUCUCGCCAGCACGUGCUGACUCGGAUCGGAGUUAUGUCACUAGUAAGGAAGAAGGUGCAGGAGUUUGAGCAUGUCAAUGGGAAGUACAGCACCCCAGACAUGAUUCUGGAGGGCCCGGAGAGCAAGAAGUGCAGUGAGAUGGUUUCUUCAGAUCCCAACACCCCUGUCCCAGCCAGCCCAGCACACAUACAUGCAGGACCUCUUGCCCUUGCAGAAAAAACAGACCCACCACUCGGAUUCCAGGAGGAAAAGGACCAAGUGGAGCAGAAGUCCAGGAGAGCAUCUGACAGCCAGGUGCCUGGAAGCACUGAGAAGGUGGAAAGUGAGGAGUGCCAAGAAAACUGUGAAAGCAAAGAGAAACUGAAGGAAGAGAAACAAGAAGAGAGUGAAAAGGCUGAGCCUUCUCCUGAGCCCCUGGGGAAAGAUGAGGGUACUCAAGAAAAAGAGAAGACUUUGGAAAAGCCAGAGUCCAACAGCAGUCCUGGCAAAGGGGAGGACAAAGAAGUCAAGCCAGAGGAUACCAGGGUGGAAGAGAAGGAGCAAAAUGAGACUCAGCAAAAUGGUGACAAAGAAGAGGAGGACGGAAAGAAGGAUGACAGAAAUGUGAACUUUAGAUUCAUGUUCAACAUUGCUGAUGGAGGCUUUACAGAGCUGCACACGCUGUGGCAGAAUGAGGAAAGAGCUGCCAUCUCCUCCAGCAAGAUCUAUGACAUCUGGCACCGCAGACAUGACUACUGGCUGCUGGCAGGGAUUGUCACCCACGGCUAUGCCCGCUGGCAGGACAUCCAGAACGACCCACGCUACGUGAUCCUGAACGAGCCCUUCAAGUCAGAGAUACACAAAGGGAACUACCUUGAGAUGAAGAACAAGUUCCUCGCCCGGCGCUUCAAGCUGCUGGAGCAGGCCCUGGUGAUAGAGGAGCAGCUGCGACGGGCAGCGUACCUGAACAUGACGCAAGACCCCAGCCACCCGGCCAUGGCAUUGAACGCCCGGCUGGCUGAAGUGGAGUGCCUUGCUGAAAGCCACCAGCACCUCUCCAAAGAGUCCCUUGCUGGGAACAAGCCCGCCAACGCUGUUCUGCACAAAGUGCUGAACCAGCUUGAGGAGCUGCUGAGUGACAUGAAGGCUGACGUGACACGCUUGCCCUCCAUGCUGUCCCGCAUCCCCCCGGUGGCUGCGCGGCUGCAGAUGUCGGAACGCAGCAUCCUCAGCCGUCUCACCACGCGUGGAGGGGAGCCCCCGGUCCAGCAGGGCUCCUUUGGUUCCUCACAGAUCUACAACAGCAGCUUCGGGCCGAAUUUCCGAGGUCCUGGGCCAGGUGGGAUUGUCAACUACAGUCAGAUGCCUCUGGGACCCUACGUGACGGAUAUUUAGCCCUUUCCAAGAUCUCCUAAUGCUGUUCCCAUUCCCACCCGAGGUAAGGCUGCACCUGUGACCAUCCUCUGGGCUGCUGUGUGCUGGCAGACCACGAGUCCUGUCUGUCCCCUCAGCAGCCCCUGGGCCACUCUCCAGCCCCGAGAAGAAGCCGCAUGGUCACCGAGGGAUGGGGAUGCAGUGGGCAGAGGCUGCAGCCUCACACCCCUCAUCCCCACGUGUGCUUUGACCGACGUGACCCCGACCAUCACCAGAACUUCUCUGGAGGGGAUUUCAUUUCCUUGUACAUUUUUUUUGCACUUUCUUAUUGAAGACUUGAAGAGUUUGUCUGGAAGUGUGGGAUGAGUUAAGAAGGGAUGCAGAAUAACAGUAUUUAUGUCUGUUUUUAUUGACAUGUAUCAGAGUUAAAGGGAGACCUGUUGGAAGCUCUGUUUCUAGUCCAGUUCCACGCUGACCGUUAGGCGCCAAGCUUACUCCUGUUCAGUAGCUUCCCUGUAAGUUCUAUUUUUAUGUCCUUUUUGUGUUUGAGCAAGCGCAUGCCUGCCCUGCCCUGCUGCAGCACGGGGAGCAGAGAGGAGGAGGAGAGGAGUCUCCCAGCCCAUCCCUGGGCUGCAGUGAGCCCUGCCCCGGGGUCCCUCUGCCUGCAGCCUGCCCUCUCCAUGCUGCAGUGGGGAGGGCACGGUUGGGCUGUGCUGGACAUUGUGCUCCUCCUGCUUCUUCCUUCCAUCCUCUCUAUGGCCACAAAUUGCCUGGAGCUGGGUGGGGGUGGGGGGUGUCGUGGGGGCUGCUGCAGCAGAGCAGAGGGCGGCUGCACUGCUGCCUUUGUGCCUGGUGGGCUGCUAUUUUGUGAUACUGCACCGUGGUGACCUUUCGUAGGAGGUUUAUGGCACCUGUAACCAACACACUCACAUUUACUUUGUACUCUGUGUGUUUUGGUUCAUGUUCUCUGUGUUUUAAUAAAUCCUGUAAAAAGGA